AUGGGAGGAGACGGUGGUAGCUUACCACAACGAGUGGAUCUGGUUCGGAUGAAAAAUAAAAGAUUAAAAGAAAACACAGGAAGUUUGGGUUAUGAAAAAAAUACGCUGGUAACAGUAAAUCAAAAUAAGUGUAGCAAGAAAGAACUAAAGGAACAUUAUUUUAAUCACUGUGCGAUAUCACAGGAAGUGUUACAGGAACCCUUUUUCUGUUGUCGUCUUGGUUAUCUCUACAACAAGGAACAUAUUUUUAAAUUGAUCUUAUUUAAGAAACAAAAUAAAAAAAAACGGAAAAAGGACAUGUGCUAUGAGCAUUUUUCACACAUAGAUUCUCUUAAAGAUUUGGUCCUAUGUAGAAAUAAAUUAAAUGAAGACAGAAAAUUAGUGUGCUUAAUUUCGAACGAAAUUAUUAACUCAUCAUCUGGAGCUGUGUGUCUCUUCUCAUGUGGGUGUGUAUUUUCAAAAAAGGUUUUUAACCACGCGCACGUUGCAAAGGAAAAUGUAUGCACGAUGUGCAACAGAAAGUUUAAAUCAAGUGAUGUUAUCGAAAUCGGAAUUGUGGAUGAAACUCUCCUAGAAGAAAAAAAAAAACUAAUUAAAAGAAAAAAAGCGAAAAAAGAUAAAGAAGAAAAGGACCAAAAAUAG